UUGCACGAAACAACGUUUUGUUGUGACUUCACAAAUAAAAACCAAGAGACGUAAUUCAAAGUCACACUAAAUGCGAUUUCCUAAAUGCUUUUGAAGUUAACGUGCAUAACAAGUUAAAGCUCUGGUGUCUGGUUAGUGUCUGCUCGGCGUUGAACGAGCCCAGUCAAUAAGCCACAAGUGUUAAUUGUGAUUUACUCAUACACACACGAACUGAAGGACUCAGAAGCGCAGCGCGGGGUCCUGCGUGCCUCAUCCAAUAUGUCUGCCGGAGGGGUCCACAUUUGCUCAGUCGGAAUGCGGUAGGCGGGGCUGCGAGGCUAGUGUCAAACUUUGGGAAUGACAGGAGUGCUGCAGGAUUCUCAAAGAAGGGGAAGUGUCGCCCUUGUUGGUCCUGUUUGGAUUACUUUGACUUCUUUUUUUUUAUUUUUACGGACAGUCUUUGGAUUCACCAUCGUUUCACGUAUUGCACGACCCCAGCAGACUCCUCAGCCAUGUCGGAGGACCUGAGCUCUCAACCCUGGUCCAUCAACAAAGAUGAUUAUGAGCUACACGAGGUGAUUGGGAGCGGGGCCACGGCAGUGGUUCAAGCAGCCUACUGUUUACCACGCAAGGAGAAGGUGGCUAUCAAGCGUAUCAACCUAGAGAAGUGCCAGACCAGCAUGGACGAACUCUUGAAAGAGAUUCAAGCCAUGAGCCAGUGCCACCAUCCCAACAUCGUGUCUUACUACACCUCCUUCGUGGUUAAAGAUGAGCUUUGGUUGGUUAUGAAGCUGCUCAGUGGCGGCUCCGUGCUGGACGUGAUCAAGCAUACCAUCUCACGAGGUGAACACAAGACGGGCGUCCUGGACGAGGCCAGUAUAGCCACGGUGUUGAAAGACGUGCUCGAUGGCCUGGAGUACCUACACAAGAACGGACAGAUCCACAGGGAUCUUAAGGCAGGAAACAUUCUCCUCGGGGAUGACGGCUCAGUGCAAAUUGCAGACUUCGGCGUCAGUGCCUUUCUAUCCACAGGUGGUGACAUCACAAGAAACAAAGUGCGCAAGACGUUUGUGGGAACGCCAUGCUGGAUGGCCCCAGAGGUUAUGGAGCAGGUCAGGGGUUAUGACUUCAAAGCAGAUAUUUGGAGCUUUGGGAUCACGGCAAUUGAGCUUGCAACAGGAGCCGCACCUUACCACAAAUACCCACCAAUGAAGGUCUUGAUGCUGACGCUGCAGAAUGACCCUCCAGCCCUGGAGACCGGCAUCACGGACAAGGAGACUGUAAAGAAAUACGGCAAAUCCUUCAGGAAGUUGAUCUCCAUGUGUCUUCAAAAGGACCCAGAGAAAAGGCCAACAUCCUCAGAGCUGUUGAAGCAUAAAUUCUUUCAGAAAGCAAAGACACACGAGUAUUUACAUGAGAAGUUACUCCAGAGGGCGCCAACAAUAACAGAGAGGUCGAAAAGGGUACGUCGAGUGCCAGGUUCCAGCGGUCGCCUGCAUAAAACGGAGGACGGUGAGUGGGAGUGGAGUGACGACGAGCUCGAUGAAGAAAGUGAAGAAGGCAAAUUAGCUGUUGCUGCCUUAAGGUCUCCCAGAGUGAAGGAGGGAUCCCAGAACUCAGAGGUUUUCCAGACUCCUGAGCCUUUAAGUAGUCAACCCCAGCCGGCCGCCACAGGUCAGGCAGAACUACCUCAGGCUGUAGGCCAGGUUCCACUGCAGCCCACACCAGUCAACACUCAAUCCACUGCCCAGGCUGCAUCUCCCACACCAGGCAUUCCCACUGCUGCUGCUCUCACACAGGUUUCAGCCGGCAUGGGAGAUUCAAAGGCUCCCAUUAGUUUGGUAUUAAGGUUAAGGAAUUCAAAGAAGGAGCUAAACGAUAUCCGCUUUGAAUUCAUGCCAGGGAGAGACACAGCAGAUGGCGUGUCACAGGAGCUGGUGUCAGCAGGCCUGGUGGAUGGGAGAGACUUAGUAAUAGUUGCUGCAAAUUUGCAGAAAAUAGUUGAUGAACCUCAAGCCAAUAAAAAUGUCACUUUCAAACUGGCUUCUGGAACAGAGGGAUCUGAAAUUCCAGAUGACGUUAAACUGAUGGGCUUUGCUCAGCUCAGCAUUAGUUAAACCCUUGUUCUACCUGGGACCGUGACUUGCCUAAAAAAAUGUGAAAAUUAAAAAAAAAAAAAAAAAACACACAAAAAAAAAAGAUAGUUUAUUGCAUAUUUUCUUUCUAUGGCUGUAAAGAAACCACUACUGCCAAAGAAAAGCGUACCGUUGAGUCACCCAUAGGAUCCUUCAACACGGCCUCUUUGAAUGGUUGUACCAGAGCGACCAGUAUCAGAAUCCAAUAAAAGAAGUUUACAGCCUAUAUGUAGAAGGAUGCAAGUAUGUUCAACAGACAGUUUUCAUUUAGCAUUCUGGUCUUCCUCAUUCUGUUGUCGUUCUUCUCUAAUAUGUGAUGCAUUUGCACAAUCUGAAACUAAUGCCCUUGAAUCCUAAUAAAUGUAACAAUGCCUUAUAUUCAUCAGAACUACUGAAUGCACGUUUUGGGGGACAGUCCCCCACUUUACCAUAUGGAGCAUUAUGUUAUCUGAAAACGUACUAUGAGGUUUCAGUUGCUCAUGUCAAACUUUGUACUUAUUGUGAGAGCAGAGAGAAUGAGGCUUAUGAAGUGGAGUAGAAUUCAAAUGAUUGGAACUCGUCCCCCAUUUCUUACCCUCAACCAGUGUCAUGUAGCGACAGAAGAACCUCAUGUUUGUGUGCACGUCUCUUUUCUUUCUCAUUCACCUGAACGCAGCAUCAGGCCUAUUCUUGACAGAGAGAUACAUUACAAUGAAUCUCAAAUAUAUGAUUUUAUAAUGAACAUGCAUUCAAUGAAGCAAUGUACUGGUAAUGUUAAUGCACUUAAUGAAUGUUUGACGCUACUCAAACACAAGUGAAGUCAUUUUACACAUUCUGUCCUCUGGUGAGUGUUAUCAGAAACAUGGCGGUUUGUUUUGGAUUGGCUCAAAUUAAACUACACUUCCCAUGUUCCACUUUAUUGAAGUCGUGGGUCAUCCAGUGCCUUUAAGGCAAUGGAUGCUCAUAACACUGAAUAGAAAACUACUCUUUCAGACUGUCCAUACACAACCAUGGAUUGUUUCUUCUUUGCAUGGUAAGAAAAUACUAAACCUUUUUAGAAUUAGUUAAAAAUAGUGACCCAGUUAUACAACUAAAACGAUUUUCAAAAAAAAAAAACACUUGUCCUAAUUGACCGUGAGGUCAUGCUCGUUUGUGUUGAAGUAAUUAUAGUAAUGGUCAUUCAGACAUAAUGUAGCAAAAGAUCCAGAAAGACAAAAACAAUCUGCUCCUUUCAAAGUGAGUCAAAGAUGAAAGAGCAGCUGACACCUCGUAUGAGCAGACGUGUCUGUUGCUAUCAGUUCAUGUCUGUUUAGAGUCUCUCCUUAAGAAAAAAAAACUGAAGUGCAUUUUUUGUUCACGUGGAUGAAACAUAAGUACUUGAUUUAACUUCUAAUGUGUACAUAACAUUUGGCUUUGAUUUGUUUUUAUACUUGGUGUUUCACUCUUGGCCUUUUUUCUGUCCUACGAUGACACGACACGAUGGCGGGUUGUAGCGCUGUGUGAAGGAAAAUGACGACGCUGCAAAUUUGGCUUUGACUUCUCUUCUGUCCGUAACAUACAGUCACUCAACUCUGUGUCAUUUGUGACGCUCAUUUACCUAUACUUGUAAAGCUUCUCACUUUUUGCCUUUGAGAGUUGAUCUUAUUCGACUUUGAAGCAACCGUACCGACACAUUGCUCUACUGCUGUCCAACUUAAAAUAUCACCCAAUUCUGAGCCAAGUUACCGGGAAAAAAUAAAAAUGUCUCCACUUCUUCCAAAGUGGAGGCCGUUUACAGAACCCAUGUAUAAUGAAGUCAUACAGAUGCUUUAUCGCUCGUUAACGUUUUCUUUUUUUUAAACAGCUCAAUUGAAUAUUAAACGUCCUCCUGUUCAAGAAAACAUAACUCAUCUAAGUUUGUGGACAGUUUGAAAGAUGAGCAAAUGUGGUCAGGCCUUGACUUAAAAGGCUUUUAUCAUUGCAAACGACACAUGCCCUCAAAACAACACACAUGUUUAUGUGUGCAUUAGGAGAUGAUAACGAAUGUGAAUGUUAGUUAUUGACACAGACUGACACUCUGCUCAGUUUUACUGUUUCAUCUGGUCCUGAGAUAAAGUCAGUCCUCUCCUGAUGCCAUAUUGAAUGAAAAUUUAUUUCUUGCUUUCAGACAAAUUUUCAAAGAAAGUCGUUGUAUUUUGACUUGUUAAAUUUUACGCUAGCCUUAAAUUGACCAAGUGUAUUGUUUUUUUUUUUUGUUGUUUUUUUUUUGACAUAGCGUGAAGGUUUGAAUCCAGCUGUCCAGUGUCUUUGAGUUCUAGUUCUUGUUACAUGUUGAAGAAAGCCUACCUAAAAUGAACAUGUGUGUUUUCCUCAAACUGGGAGCUACAAAGUCAGCAACCCAAUGUUAGCUUCUAGUAUUUGGUGCCAUCUUCCUGCUUUAGUCUGCAGCUGAUGAGCAGACGAGGACAGGAUACGUUUGAACGAGCCCUGAGAGAAUGUGUGUGUGUGUUGCAUAGAUUGAGCCCUGCUUCUAACAGAGAUUAUAUGUUCUCAUCCUUUCUCCAACAGUCUCUCUCUCUCUCUCUUUCCUGCUUACAUGUAGUCCAACAAAGCUGUAGCAACUGAACAGAUGACCGGCAAAAAAAAAAAACGUUAGUCCAGGCAAUAACUCAUCAAGGCUGUAAAAUAUUUCAAUUCACUUGUUUUCGGUUCUCUUCUGUUUCACUCUUUAAUUUGCUCUAUUUUGGAUCGUUUUGGAGUUCACAGCAUGUUUCUCUUGAUUAUUUUUAAUCAAUAAAGAAUAAGCAUAUCAAACGAC